UUGUCCUAACAACCGCGUUGGAGAGCUGUCAUCAGUCAAGCAUUUGUUUUAUGAAACUAUGCAUUCAACUAGAUGUUUCGAAGUGUCAGCGUUUCAGCUAUGUCAUUGUUACUACCAGUUGUUUGGCUACAAGUAGUCAUUGGCUUUGGGGAGCAGAUGAAUAUCCUCAAUCAAACCAAUGUGCCAGUGAUAACCGAUACACUCGCCAGCAUGAUGGAGAACUUCUUAAAAGACACUACUAUAUGGACAGCAAACGGCUCGUGGAUCAAUUCAAGCAUAGGAAAUGAAACGGUGAGCGGCAAUUCGAGUGUGAAUCCGUUAAAACGGAAUGAGGAGGUCGCCAAAGUCGAGGUGACGGUGCUGGUCCUUGUCUUGGUGCUCGCCCUAGCCGGGAAUCUGUGCGUGCUCCUGGCUAUCCACACCAGCAAGCACAGCCAGUCAAGGAUGUACUAUUUCAUGAAGCACCUGAGCAUCGCGGACCUGGUGGUGGCAAUUUUUCAGGUGCUCCCUCAACUCAUUUGGGAUAUCACUUUCCGCUUCUACGGCCCGGACUUUCUCUGCCGGCUGGUGAAAUACUUGCAGAUAGUUGGCAUGUUCGCGUCCACUUACAUGCUCGUGCUGAUGUCCAUUGACAGAUGCCUGGCGAUCUGUCAGCCACUACGCUCCCUGCACCGGAGGAAAGACCGCUUCUAUGUCAUCGCCUCCUGGGUCCUCAGCCUGUUGUUCAGCAUCCCCCAAGUCUAUAUUUUCUCACUGAAGGAGGUGAGCAACGGCGUCUAUGACUGCUGGGGCGAUUUUGUGCAACCCUGGGGUGCCAAGGCGUACAUUACUUGGAUUAGUCUCACCAUUUACAUUUUGCCCGUAACUAUACUGAGCCUUUGCUAUGGAAUGAUCAGUUUUAAAAUCUGGCAGAACUUCAAGCAGAAGACAAGGCGCGAACAGUGCAUAUCUCUGACGCCACGCGCAUCCAAAGGAAGCGCGCUCACGCGCGUCAGCAGCGUAAAGCUCAUUUCCAAAGCCAAAAUCAGAACGGUCAAAAUGACUUUUGUUAUAGUUGUUGCGUAUAUAAUCUGCUGGACACCGUUUUUCUUCGUUCAGAUGUGGUCCGCGUGGGAUCCAGAUGCACCCAGAGAGGCUCUCCCCUUCAUCAUCGCCAUGCUGCUGGCCAGCCUGAACAGCUGCUGCAACCCCUGGAUCUACCUGUUCUUCGCCGGCCACCUGUUCCACGACCUGCUACACCGCUGCCUGCGCUCGCCGCCCUGCCGCUGCGACCACCAGCCCCGCGCCGGUGCCAAGGGCACCUACACCCACUCCAGCUCCAGCGCCUGCACCGUCAUCAGGAGUACCGGCGGGAGCCAGAGGAGCCUCACGCAGACCUCCACUGCAUAAGGGGAGCAGAGCACAGCAGCACUGCUCCACAGCUGCCCAAGGAGGAGCCACCACCAUAGACAUGCAUGAGAGAGCCACUGGCAGCCAGUGGAGCCACACUCAGACCUCCACCGCAUAAGGGGAGCAGAGCAGAGCAGGGCAGCACUGCUCCACAGCUGCUGAAGAAGGGGGCACCAUAGGGGAACCUACAUAGACAUGCAUGAUAGCCACUGGCAGCCAGUGGGGCCACACUCAGACCUUCACCGCAUAAGGGCACAGCAGACCUACCAGGGGGACAAGAGCACCAUCAUAGACUAUGUGGGUGCCACCACCACAGACAUACAGUACACAAACCACUGGUGGUCAGAGGAGCCUCACUUAAAUCUGUACCACAUAAGAGGGCAAUACCGCUCCAGAGCUGCCAUUGCAGGCAUAUGUGCGUGCCACCUUGGGCAUAACGGACACAGCCAUAGACAUACAGUAUAUGGCCGCCACCAUUGGUAUGGGCACCACUGGCAGUCAGAGAAGCCUCAUGCAGACCUCCACCACAUUAAGGGUCAGCACUGUUCCAUAGUUGA